AAAGGAAGAACUUGAAGCACGUGAAAGCGCGAAUGGCCGACUUCAAGUUCAGCAACUCGCGAUUGAAGUCACUGAACGUACUAAACCUGUACUAAAUUUCGAACGAACUACAUUGGGACUCUUUCAACGGCAUGUCAUCCUCUUCAAAGCCUGAGCCCCAGGUGGUCGCAGGAAAACUAUCAACGGCAGAAGGAUUUAUUCUCGGAGGCAUUGCGGCCUGUAUUGCGGUUACCAUAUCCAACCCAGCAGAGGUCAUUAAGACGCGUCUGCAACUACAAGGGGAAUUAGCCAAAGAGGGAGCAAUCCGGGUAUAUCAGCAUGCACCAGAUGCUUUUGUCAAGACUUGGAAAAAUGAGGGAAUCAAAGGACUGCAGAGAGGUCUUGGACCAGCUUAUAUGUAUCAAAUACUUCUGAACGGAUCUCGCCUCGGAUUCUAUGAACCUUUUCGACGAGGGAUAAAUGAACUUGUCGGCCGAUCGUCCGAAGAACAGAUCCCAAUUACUUCCGUGUUGGCAGGAGCUUCCAGCGGGGCUGUAGGAGCUUCCCUUGGAAAUCCCCUUUUCUUGAUAAAAGCACGUAUGCAGGCCUACUCGCCUGCCUUACCCGUUGGUGCACAACACUACUAUAAGAACUCAUUCGAUGCGCUGUCAACAAUCUUUCGAGCGGAACGCUUCCGCGGACUCGUCCGAGGUAUUGAUGCUGCUAUUUUGAGAACUUCCAUGGGAUCCUCUGUACAACUACCAAGCUACAACUUCACGAAAUACCAACUUGUAAAACGCGGUAUCCUACCAGAUAAUAGUGCCUGGACAUUUUUAGCGAGUAGCUUUGUCUCAGGAGCUUGUGUCUGUGUUGUAAUGCAGCCUGCGGACACCGCACUGACUCGGAUGUACAACCAACCAACCAUUCGAAACGCAGAGGGAAAAAUUGUUGGUGCCUUGUAUAAAAACCCUAUAGAUUGCCUAUGGAAGACGUUUAAGACUGAAGGUGUACGUGGAUGGUACAAAGGAUCCACCGCACAUUUUCUACGCAUCGCACCACAUACAAUUGUGACUUUGACGGCCAAUGACCUCAUUAUCAACCUCUACAAGAAAGUUCGGGAUCGUCGCUGAUAUCACUAUAGAUGAGUUAUGGAUACAUAAUGGUCAUCAAGUGUCAUUCUACUAGUAUCACUUGGAUUAAUGUGAUUAUAGCCAGGGAAGGAAGCACGUGCCAGCGAGAGAGAUGAAAGGUAGAAUGGCGACAUAAAAUAUUUCAUGGAGUAGUUUUCUGGUAGGUUCCUU